AGGCUGCAACAGGUGCCUUGAGCAGGAAGCUCGCGCCGCCACCCGCUCCCCGGACGCGUCCAGGACCCACUGCGCCGUGAGCCAUCCUCGGCCUCACCGUGCGCCACAGAUACGGUGACCCCUGCUCUGCGCCCCGCGACUCUAUACGAACCCGCAUCCCGAACGCCCCGAGCCAUGGACGUCCCGGAGCCGCAGCCCGACCCCGAUGGCGGGGACGGCCCCGGCCACGAGCCCGGGGGCAGUCCCCAAGACGAGCUGGACUUUUCCAUCCUCUUCGAUUAUGACUAUCUGAACCCUAUCGAAGAAGAACCGAUCGCACAUAAGGCCAUCAGCUCACCCUCCGGACUCGCAUACCCGGAUGAUGUCCUGGACUAUGGCCUCAAGCCAUGCAACCCCCUUGCCAGUCUCUCUGGCGAGCCCCCUGGCCGGUUCGGAGAGCCGGAUAGUAUAGGGUUCCAGAACUUUCUGAGCCCGGUCAAGCCAGCAGGGGCUUCGGGCCCGAGCCCUCGGAUCGAGAUCACUCCAUCCCACGAACUGAUGCAGGCAGGGGGGGCCCUCCGUGGGAGAGACGCCGGCCUGUCCCCCGAGCAGCCGGCCCUGGCCCUGGCCGGCGUGGCCGCCAGCCCGAGGUUCACACUGCCCGUGCCCGGCUACGAGGGCUACCGCGAGCCGCUUUGCUUGAGCCCCGCUAGCAGCGGCUCCUCUGCCAGCUUCAUUUCUGACACCUUCUCCCCCUACACCUCGCCCUGCGUCUCACCCAAUAACGCCGGGCCCGACGACCUGUGUCCCCAGUUUCAAAACAUCCCUGCUCAUUAUUCCCCCAGAACCUCUCCAAUAAUGUCACCUCGAACCAGCCUCGCCGAGGACAGCUGCCUGGGCCGACACUCGCCCGUGCCCCGUCCGGCAUCCCGCUCCUCCUCACCCGGUGCCAAGCGGAGGCAUUCGUGCGCAGAGGCUUUGGUUGCUCCUCUGCCCGCAGCCUCACCCCAGCGCUCCCGGAGCCCCUCGCCACAGCCCUCGCCUCACGUGGCACUGCAGGACGACAGCAUCCCCGCUGGGUACCCCCCCACGGCCGGCUCUGCUGUUCUCAUGGAUGCCCUCAACACCCUGGCCACCGACUCGCCCUGCGGGAUCCCCUCCAAGAUAUGGAAGACCAGUCCUGACCCGACGCCUGUGUCCACCGCUCCGUCCAAGGCUGGCCUGGCCCGCCACAUCUACCCUACUGUGGAGUUCCUGGGGCCAUGUGAGCAGGAGGAGAGGAGGAAUUCCGCUCCAGAGUCCAUCCUGCUGGUACCACCUACUUGGCCCAAGCAGUUGGUGCCGGCCAUUCCCAUCUGCAGCAUCCCUGUGACUGCAUCCCUCCCACCACUCGAGUGGCCACUCUCCAAUCAGUCGGGCUCCUAUGAGCUACGGAUUGAGGUCCAACCCAAGCCCCAUCACCGGGCCCACUAUGAGACGGAGGGCAGCCGUGGCGCUGUCAAAGCCCCAACAGGAGGACACCCUGUGGUGCAGCUCCACGGCUACAUGGAGAACAAGCCUCUGGGGCUUCAGAUCUUCAUUGGGACAGCAGAUGAGAGGAUCCUUAAGCCGCACGCCUUCUACCAAGUACACAGGAUCACUGGGAAAACGGUCACCACCACGAGCUAUGAGAAGAUCGUAGGCAACACCAAGGUCCUGGAGAUCCCCCUGGAGCCAAAGAACAACAUGAGAGCCACCAUCGACUGUGCAGGCAUCCUGAAGCUCCGAAACGCUGACAUCGAGCUGCGGAAGGGCGAGACGGACAUCGGCAGGAAGAACACGCGUGUGCGCCUGGUGUUCCGCGUGCACGUCCCAGAGCCCAGUGGGCGCAUCGUCUCCCUGCAGGCUGCGUCCAACCCCAUCGAGUGCUCUCAGCGCUCUGCCCACGAGCUGCCCAUGGUGGAGAGACAAGACAUGGACAGCUGCCUGGUCUACGGGGGCCAGCAGAUGAUCCUCACGGGCCAGAACUUCACAGCGGAGUCCAAGGUUGUGUUCAUGGAGAAGACUACAGAUGGGCAGCAGAUUUGGGAGAUGGAAGCUACGGUGGAUAAAGACAAGAGCCAGCCUAACAUGCUUUUUGUUGAGAUCCCCGAGUAUCGGAACAAGCACAUCCGCGUGCCCGUGAAAGUCAACUUCUACGUCAUCAACGGAAAGAGGAAACGAAGUCAGCCACAGCACUUUACCUACCACCCAGUCCCUGCCAUCAAGACAGAGCCCAGCGAUGAGUAUGAACCAUCUUUGAUCUGCAGCCCCGCCCAUGGAGGCCUGGGGAGCCAGCCAUAUUACCCACAGCACCCAAUGCUGGCCGAGUCCCCCUCCUGCCUUGUGGCUACCAUGGCCCCCUGCCAACAGUUCCGCUCGGGGCUCUCAUCCCCCGAUGCUCGCUACCAACAGCAGAGCCCCGCAGCUGCCCUCUACCAGAGAAGCAAGAGCCUGAGUCCCGGCCUGCUGGGCUACCAGCAGCCGUCCCUCCUGGCAGCACCCUUGGGUCUGGCUGAUGCCCACCGCUCUGUGCUGGUGCAUGCUGGUUCUCAGGGGCAGGGGCAGGGCUCCACCCUGCCACACACAUCCUCGGCCAGCCAGCAGGCCUCACCCGUGAUCCACUACUCACCCACCAACCAGCAGCUUCGCGGUGGGGGUCACCAGGAGUUCCAGCAUAUCAUGUACUGUGAAAACUUCGGCCCCAGCUCUGCCAGGCCUGGCCCGCCUCCCAUCAACCAAGGUCAGAGGCUGAGCCCGGGCGCCUACCCCACAGUCAUCCAACAACAGACUGCCCCGAGCCAAAGAGCUGCCAAAAACGGACCCAGUGACCAGAAGGAAGCUCUGCCCACGGGAGUGACCGUCAAACAGGAACAGAACCUGGACCAGACCUACCUGGAUGACGAGUUGAUAGACACACACCUUAGCUGGAUACAAAACAUAUUAUGAGACCCAGUGACUGGUCUUUGAUCCGAGAAAUCAAAGUGAAAGUUAAUGAAAUCAUCAGGAAGGAGUUUUCAGGACCUCCCUCCCGAAAUCAGACCUAGAAACAAACAUAAUCUCGCGACGCCUUCUACUCUGGACCGCUUCUGUCUCCUCCUGCCGUCUGUGACUGGAACACUGCGCAUGCGCACAGUGCACGCAGAUGGUGUCAGAGCCUGGGAGCCUGCUGCCGCGCAAACAGCAUCUUAGCCGUUGUCCAUGGUGACUGGACACGAAAAGCAACUGCCUGCUGACCAAAGCCUCAUUCUCAACUCACCAGGAUGCUGAACCUGAGACGCCAGGCUGCGCUGGCAGGAGAACUGGAGAAACUGCGAUAGCCCACAGACAUGGCUUCAUUUUUUUUGAAUUUUCUCUUUCCAAAGCCAAACAGCCUUGCCCUGACAGGACCACCUGUCCCAACUUCUCAGCCUUAAGUUAUAACACACGUACGUGUCUGCCAGCUUCUGGGCCUUUGCUGUGUUUUCCUCUGCUUCAAAGAGCCAACCAAGGAGGCCGUGGGCUGAGAGCCCUCUCGGCCAGCUAUUCCCUAACCUGCUGCCUACACCAGACUGGCUGGUGGCAUCCAGUCCCGGCUGCCUGUUGGGAACCCUGCUUCUGAAGGUUCCCCUCUCCACCCCCUCCACCCAGAGGUCGGGAGAACCUUCUGGAUCCUUGCAUUGACUGUUAAGGAGCUAAAACCACCAAACCCAGUCAAAACCUACACGUGUUUGUCAUGACCGCCACCAAACAGAACAAAGGGGCCGAAAUCUCCCUUUGCUCUGAACUCAAAGCAGGAAAGUGCUGGCUUCACCCUAGUUUGUUUUUUGUUUUUUGUUUUUAACCUGAAUUCAGGUAAAGCCUCCAUAGACUCCUGAACGCUGCUGUAUGAGCUGUGACUCAGGCGGAUCCACCCCAGCAUAUGCCUUAGUGUGAUCAAGCCCUGCCUGGCCCGGUUGUGUGUCCUGUGGGAUUCUCCACACACACUGCCUGCUACAGGCGGUCCUCCAUGGUCUUCCUCCUGGUUCAGUUUUCUUCUUCCAACAGCGUUUCCCCCAAUCAUGUACGCAAGACCGUCCUCUCCCCUUGCCUUCAUCCCAGAUGUCUCUAUUGGGCAUCUUCUUAAAGUGACUUUCUCGGCUUUGUGUGCUAGGCAGAGGACCCGAGAAGCAAGCUACAGUGGCUAAGUACCCGUGGUUGGUUUCUUACGUCCUGGCUUUCUUGUCAAAGUCAUCUGAAAGGAAAUGGCUGGAGCCGGGCCAGCUGUCGCUGGUUCUCCUUACAGAGACCCCAUGCCCAGGGUUCAGCUUGAACAUGCAAAUAUGACUUUGUGGUCAGGACCUAGAGUGUCUCCCCCUUGCUGCAGCCCUGGGCUUUCCCUCCACUGACCCCAUGCGUAGACCUGGGCAGAAUUCUCGUGUGAACCCAGAAUGUCUGUAAGAAGUUGAGCACUAAGCCGCUAUGAGUCUAAGUACUUCCUGCUAAGCAAGAAACGUUCUGCUGGCCCUUUACGGCCAGGAGCUUCUGACUGGAGCAAUGCCGACUUCUCUGGGGAAGGGUGAUGAGGGUUCGGUGAGUGACAGUUCACACUUGCCCUGGCUGAGAGCCACGUUUUGCACAUGAGGGAGUCAGGCCCUUCCUCAGAUAUCUCCAAGUUUUACCCAAGUGCCUUCCUGCAAUUGUAGUCAUUGUAAUUGUAGCUCAGCUGCACUGUCCACAGGGAGACAAAGGGCUAACUCACUUCCCAUUAGUUUUCAUGUCAGCGAAGGGGUUCCUGGUAGCUCAGACUCCUAUACUUUCCUCUGUGUGUAUGUGUGCAUGUGUGUGUGUGUGUGUGUGUGUGUAUAUACGUGUACACAAUUCUCUUCCCUUUAUACUAUCUUAGCCAGAUAGUCUCAGAAACUUGCUGAUAAAUAUCCCAAACAGCCAAGGAGAGAAAGCAGCAUCUGUUACCAGACAAACAGGCCAUAGAAGGUGUAUGAGCGGCAGAGAGCUAUGGAGAAGGUUUGGUCAGUUACAGACUCCAGGGGAAACGUGGCCGGGAGUGACUGCUUAUCAACCAUUUCCAGGAUGGGGAGAUGCAGUCUGAUCUUAGCGAAUGAGAAAAGAUGCCCGAGCAGUGACGACGAGUGUACCGCACGUGGGUUAGAGGGGCGGAAGCGGAAAUGUGUCCUUGCUAAAUCUGUGGUGUCGUUCCGGUGACAGUUCCAUAUUGCUAAAUGUGGCACUUUCUCUUCCAAGUCCACACAUCUCCCUGACUGUACAAAGGCACCGCUGAUGGGGAGUAUAUCUAUCUACCCAGAUCAGUAUGGUAUUAAAUUUUAUUUUCUUAUUUGUAUUUUGAUGCUUUUUAUCUGCCUUUAAAAUAUCUCACCCCUGUUGGAGUUAGAACAUAUUUAUAAAUGACCAGAUGUCUUUUUUUAAGGGUCUAUUUCUUUUUUUAAAAAAAAUCUAUAUCUUCAUUUUCUGUAAGAGAAAUGGUAUACUCCUGAGUUUUGUUUUAUUUUGUUUUGUUUUGUUUUGCUUUUUGUUUCUCAUUCUGGGAAACAAAUCCAAAGACUCACCUCGGGUCCUAUCAAGACCUCAGGAUGGGAGAGAAAGGGACUUUGUAGGAGAGAACACCUUUUUUAGCUUGAGAAAGAGGGCCUGCUCCUUCAGCUCCAUGUCAGGGCUGUCCCUGAGAACCGUACGUGAAAGGUUUGGUUGGUGGUCUCAAUCUAAAGCCACAGAACUCUGCCUUUCCAUGGACAAGCUCCUUCAGGCAGGCUGACAGUUGACAGAGCCAACCACGUGGAGUCCUCAGAGGUGACACUGAGGUGCAGCAUCCAAAGAACAGCCACCUUCUCCCCAGCGCAGCGUAGCCACGGACCAAGUGACCUGGGAUAACACUGUUCACAUGCAGCAGCCUGGUCAUCCAUUAUCCAGCACCACCAGCCGUGGCCAGCCGCCGGCAGCACUGUCACACAGGGAGGCCAGAAGCCAGUGUGUUUUAAUUAGCACUCAGAACCUAUAGGAGGCUGAGUUGGUUUAUCUUCACACCACAGUGCUCAGCAUCAGGAGAAACGGGGGCUACGUAACAACUGUGUUCAUUUGCCGCGCUUCCGAAAAGACAGAGGUGGCCAGGCUAGGGCGAGUAUUCCUGGACUCUUUGCCGUCAGGGAAGGCUGGAGGAACCCGACACAUCCUCACCACUGGCAUCUCCCAAGUUUGGACACCAACCUUCAUGGACCCAAACCAGGCAGCUGCAGAGCGGGAGGUUUCCCUGCAGCCCAGCAGUUGCUUAAAUGAGGCAACAUCACCUUCACCUACGACCAGCUUACCCGUGCCUUGACAGACAUACGGCCACCAUCGUUGUCUUAAUCCAGUUUGUUUACAGCUAACUCUAAAUGGUGGGCCAGGAGUGGUGCUUCCCUGAGCAGGACCCCUCUGAGAUCACAAUGAAGUCCUGGGAACUGGAGUCAAAAGUGUUAAUGCUUUCAGAUGGGAAUAAACGUCCCUGCCCUGCCUGGCCCUGCCUGGCUCUGCCCUCUCAGGCUUUAGAUGGACUGGGUGCAGACAGUGCUGUUGCUAUGUGAGUAGGAACCCCAGCAUUCUGUGAGAGCAUCCCAGACAUCAGACAUCCCCGUCCCCCUGUCAUUUCUCAGCCCUCAUGGGAGCCUGCUCAUCGGGCUCUGAAGGCCGGGGUUUGGGAAAAUCUCCACCCCACUACCUGAGGAGUCGGGAUAUAUCACAUUCCUAUGCAAAACGAUUUUAAUCUCCGGUUUCCUGCAGUUUAUUUUUGCUAUAUGUAAAGUAUUUUUAUACGGCUUAUAUGAUGACAGCUUAGCAAUAAACAGUUGAGAGCAACUCUAA